CCCAUCAGAAACAUGUUUAGUCUUGCCUGCAGUUUUGUGUUUGUGGACUAACUAAUCACAAUGAACUCAUUGUUGACUACUGUUCUUAUUGUACUUUUAGUUUCAGCGAUCUGGAUGGGUGGUCUCUGGGAUGGAACUCUUGGUGCAGGCUGCAGUACAGAUGAAAGGGAAGCCCUUUUGAAAUUCAAGGCUGAUCUUGAAGACCCUCGUAACUGGCUAUCAUCUUGGGUUGGCCAAGGGGAUUGUUGUACAUGGUCUCGCGUUGUUUGUGACAACCACACUGGUCAUGUUACCCAGCUCCAUCUAGGGUUGCCGCAACCUUCUUACUUGACCAAUUCUGUGCUUAGUGGUAAGCUCAACCCUUCCUUGCUUGAGUUGAAGUAUCUCGGUUAUUUGGACAUGUCCUACAACGACUUUCAUGGUAUUCCAAUUCCAAGCUUUCUUGGUUUGAUGACAAGUUUGAAUACCCUUUACCUUGAUGGAGCUGGGUUUGGAGGACUGAUUCCUCAUCAGUUGGGGAACCUCUCGAAUCUGCAGCAACUUGGCCUCGAGGCUGCUGGCGAUUAUGUGCUGUAUGCUGAUAGUUUGUGGUGGCUUUCUAAUCUCUCUUCACUAAAAUUCCUUGAUUUGAGCAAUGUUGAUCUUAGUAAGGCCUUCGACUGGUUGCACAUGAUAAACACACUCCCAUCCCUUUCAAAAUUGUAUCUUUCAAACUGUCAAAUCCUUCAUAUCCCGUCCCUUGCCAAUGUUAAUAUCUCUUCUUCUUUGUCUUUCCUAAAUUUGCGUCACAAUCAGUUUAGCCAGACUUCAGUUCCAAGUUGGGUUUUUCAACUUAAGAGCCUCACUUACUUGAAUCUAGCUUACAACACUUUUGCUGGCCCGAUUCCUGCACAACUUCAAAACCUUACAUCGCUCCGCACCCUUACAUUGGCUUCCAAUGAUUUUAAUCAUUCUUUACCAAACUGGCUAUACUGUUUACAUCAUCUGGAGUACCUUGAUCUAUACGGUAAUAAAUUGGGUGGUAGAGUCUCAACAGGGAUUGGAAACUUGUCUUCUCUUGUUCACCUUGACAUGUCAGUCAAUUAUGGCCUCGAAUUUGAAAGGGGGAUUCCUGAAUCAUUCAAAAGCUUGUGCCGCUUGAGGUCACUUUUUCUGCGACAUGUAAAACUGAAUCAAAAUGUAUCAGAGUUGCUUGAAAUUCUUGGAGUAUGUGCUUCUGAUACUUUGCAGGAUUUGACUCUGGGUAGUUGCCAACUGCAUGGUCAGUUGACCGAUCAGAUUGGCUUGUUCAAGAGACUUAACCAUCUCAUUCUCCAUAACAAUUCUAUUUCUGGUCCACUUCCGGUUUCAUUUGGAGAAAUGACAUCUUUGAAUCACGUAGACCUUUCAAGAAACAAGAUAAAUGGGAGCUUUCCAACAAGUUUUGGGUCACUGACAGGGUUGGCCUAUGUGGAUAUCUCUCAGAAUGCAAUGCAUGGUGUUGUACUUCCUGAAAUUCACUUAGCCAACCUCACAAAGUUGACCUUCUUUCUUGCUUCUGGAAAUCAAAUGGCGUUCAAAGCUAAUCCAGAUUGGGUUCCUCCCAGGCGAAUUCAAAGAUUGAUGUUAGAGUCUUGGUAUGUUGGACCAAGAUUUCCCCAUUGGCUCAAAGGUCUGCAAGAUCUGACAUCUCUUGAUCUGUCUAUAUCUGGAAUUUCAGAACAAAUUCCUGACUGGUUCUGGAGCAUGUCGUCUCAAUUCCAUUAUCUGAAUUUCUCGCACAACCAAAUCCCUGGGCGGCUUCCAGAUGCCAUCUUUGUUGGUUACAAUGACUCAUUGUUUGAUUUCAGCUCCAAUUGCUUGGAAGGUCCAUUGCCCACUGUUUCGUCUAAUCUUACUUUGUUGGACCUGUCCAACAACUUGUUUUCCGGAAACUUGGUCAAGUUCUUGUGUUUCAAUCCUACAGAGAUGAGGACUACUCAGUAUCUGAAUCUUCGAGGUAAUCUUUUGUCUGGUGAGAUACCUGGCUGCUGGAAAAAUUGGCGGCGUUUGGAGGUCCUGAGACUUGGUAGCAAUAAUUUCAUAGGAAGCAUUCCAAACUCCAUUGGAACUUUGACUUCACUUGUGUCCUUACACAUUCAGAACAACAGCCUGACUGGUGAAAUUCCAUUGUCCCUGGGUAACUGCUCUAAUUUGCGCACUAUUGACUUGGGUUAUAAUGGAUUGGAAGGAGGGAUUCCAAGGUGGAUGGGGAAAAGGCUUUCCAGACUGUCUAUUCUUAAUUUGCGUGCUAAUAACUUUCAUGGCAGCAUGCCGGUGGAGCUUUGCCAUCUGCAGUUGCUACAAAUCUUGGACCUUUCUCACAACUCACUUUCAGGGAGCCUGCCAGAAUGUUUGGCUAAUUUCAGUGCCAUGGCUACCUCAGAUGAUACUGAUGCAGCUGCUGUAAUUUAUAUUUUUUUUGGAGGAGGUGAAGUGUUCAGGGAAAAUCAAAAUUUAUUGACUAAAGGGAGCUUUGUGGAUUACAGUACCAUACUGAACUAUGUAAGAAGUGUAGACCUUUCCUGCAACAACUUAUCUGGAGUGAUACCAGGGGAGAUCAGAGACCUAAAGGAACUGCAUUACCUUAACUUGUCACAUAAUUUCUUCUCAGGCAAAAUGCCAGAGGGUUUACAGACAAUGGGAUCACUGGAAUCCAUGGACUUAUCCGUGAACCAACUAUCAGGAGUAAUCCCUCCUGGACUUGCAAGUCUGACAUUCCUGAGUUUCUUGAACUUGUCCUACAACAACUUGAGAGGGAAAAUUCCUUCAAGCACUCAGCUGCAGAGUUUUGAUUCUUGGAGCUUCAUAGGGAACCAAGAACUCUGUGGCCCUCCAUUGAACAAGACUUGUAGUGUGAGCAGAGCUGUGCCUGGUUCUGGAAAUGGAGAUGAAGAGGAUGAAUUUCUAUGGUUCUCCAUCAGCACAUCCCUUGGCUUUGUGGCUGGUUUUGCUGUUGCAGCCUGGUCUUUUUUCUUUGCGUUAUCAACUGAGAAGAAACGUACUUUGGAAUUCUUGAAUUACCCGGGGUACAUAAUUCUGCAACGGUAUUUUGUGUGGAGGACUAGUUGAUGUCAGGAGGGUCGAGGUGGAAGGCCACAAAGCUUGGAAUUGGAGGUUUAUCUUGGGGUGACACCAGCUAUUGGAACAUUUUUCAAUGGGAUGGUAGGAAAAACCAAAUGUUGAAUGCAGCCAACAAGUUUUCAUUGGCUGCCUGUUUGAACUUUUGGGAAAUGCAAAAUUGGCGAUCCUCUUUGUUUCAUUUUGAACUUUUGGUGUGUUCAAAUGUUCGUUUCUUGGGUGUGUAUUAAAAAUGUCGUUUUGUGAUGAUGUACAAAUAUUAUAAUGGAAGGAUACAAAGACUGCUCUAAAUGCCAGCGGUUAUUGUGGCAUAACCUUCUUUAAUAGAGCUGAAGUUUAUGG